AUGAUGAGCAAUGCUGAAGCUUCUGCAGAAAGUAAAAGCGAAUUUUAUACGACUAUGUAUGCACAAGUAGAAGAGAUAAAAUCAAACAUAAGAAAAGUUGAGGAAAAACUUAUCGAAAUUAGUGAUGAUCUUUUUUGCAUGUUUCUUAGAAACAUGGAACGGUCAAGUCCGGAGCUUUUGGAGACAGCCAUUGAUGCUGCUUCGCAGUUUGAAAUUGUGAGGAAAAUAUGUAAUGAACAUCACAAAGUUAUCUGUGAAAAUAAAUGGUAA